AUGAAGCUUGCUACUCUGGAUUUGGGCCAGCGAACGCUGGAAGGUACCCGCACUUCUUCUUCGUCUUUAGAAGUUCAGUAGCUGCUGUUAGAUUUCUUUCCCUAUCCAUUUAUGUGGAUACAGGCCUAUUGUGCGCAUAGUGCGUCCCUCGAGACAACUGCGAGUGGGGAUACUAACGAUGAGAUUUAUGAUUAUAACCCGUGACAGGUGGGGAGAAGAGAUGCUUGAAUUCAGAGCUCUGGCACGCCUGUGCCGGCCCUCUCGUGUCCUUGCCAACGGUCGGCACCCGCGUCGUGUACUUCCCUCAGGGUCACAGUGAGCAGGCAAGCCUUUUACCUGAAAUCAUAGUUCUUUCUUCUUCUUCUUCUUCUUCUUCUUUUUAUCCGCUCCCUGUGGAUCGAGACUCGGUUGCUCUUGUUAAUAUAUAUGGGUGUAUUUAAAUCAAGGUGUCUGUGUCUACUAACAAGGAGGUUGAAGGACGUCUUCCUAAUUAUCCGAACCUGUCUCCCCAACUGAUCUGCCAACUUCACGAUGCCACGAUGCAUGUGAGUAAGAUGGACCAUUGUUUAGCUUUUUUUUUUGAAAGAUCUUUGAAGCUGACUGCUCGAGUGCUUUCAGGCAGAUGUGGAGACCGAUGAAGUGUACGCGCAAAUGACCUUGCAGCCUCUGAGCUCGGUAAAGUUGAAAGUCUUUGCUAAUGCAAACUUCUUGAUAAUAUUUUGUGGUACCUUGGGUUGAGUAAAAUCGCUGACACGUGCAGCAAGAGCAAAAAGAUAUCUACCUUCCGGCUGAAAUUGUGCUUCAGAGCAAGCAGCCGACGAAUUAUUUCUGUAAGACUUUGACAGCUAGUGACACGAGUACUCACGGAGGAUUUUCUGUCCCGCGUCGUGCAGCCGAGAAAGUCUUUCCACCCCUGGUGUGUUGUUUCUCAUUGUUUACUUGUUAUUGAAACAUCAAUUUCGAGGUCUGGAUUUCUUUUCUGGCAAGUCGUAUGUCCUCAUGUGAUAUUUUUCGUACCUUUCAUUGGAUAUUGUUGCUUGCAUCUUGAUUUAGGACUACAGUCAGCACCCACCCGCUCAGGAGCUCGUUGCUAGAGACCUCCACGACGUUGAAUGGAAAUUUAGGCAUAUUUUUCGUGGUAUGUUGACUGCCGGUUUCUCAUAUCAUUAAAUUUAUCAGUUCUUUUGUAGUCACCAUAUAAGCUCACGGACUAUUCAUCAGAAAAUCAACCAGAACUAGGGUUCUCUACGGUGUCUGGUAAAGAAUGCUUUGCAUGAACUCAUAGGAAACACGACAUUUGUUUCAAUUUAUGAUUUCCAUCUGUGGCUUUUGAAGACAAAUUAAGAUAAUAAUUUUCAGAUAGUUUGCCUUCUAGAUAAAUUAACUAAAAAGUGCGAAGUUUAACCUACGUAGUUAUCACUUAAGACCAGAAAGAGUUUGUUAGACAGCAACGGUGAGACAGGGGACGCGAGCAAUAUCUGGAAUUAUUGGGCGUAAAUUGUCUGUCGGUUUUAGACUUUUUAUCCUUGAAAAAUAAUCGUAUAAUGCUUCCAACUAUUUCACUACCCUACAGCGUGCAGUAUUUUUUAUCUUUUCAAACUUUUUACCUGAUCAUAAGUGCCUUCGUGGUGCAGAAGGGAUUUCUCUUUGGACGGUAAAAUCGAGAUCCAUGAAAUCUUGGGCACUUCAAAUUUGCAAAAUAUUUCUAAAGAAAGUUUCUUCUGGGCUAUCCUCAUUGUCAUUCAAAUUCCUUGUCUUAUAGAGCUUUGUCUGACUUACUGGUUGAAACUGAUUCUCUAGGAUAUUAUUAAUAGAAAUGAGAUAUGAUCACAACACAUUUAGACUCAUGUUGUUGAGAAGAAACCUAAUUGGAUUCGAUUGAAGCUUAUAGUGGAAGCAUGCUUCAGAGAUUUGACUAUUUUUUCUUUGAGAGAGUAUCCAUGGUCAUGAGAUAAGUUUAUGUGAUCCAAUUGUGAUUGAUGGUUAGGAAGUCUAUGCUGUGAUCGAUUGAUAUCAUAUCCAUGCCAAAGUGAUUUGCAUAGGCAUUUAUAUAUGGCAGACGGGAAAACAUAUCAUACAAAGAGUUCACGGCUCUCCACAAGGGCAUGGUUUUUGAACCGUACAGAGCUGAGUUGCGCAAAGGAUCUCUGUGUCAAAUCUGAUAUUGUGCAUGCAAAUGCUAAUACGUUAAUUUCCUGUAGGUCAACCCAAAAGGCAUCUUCUUACCACAGGGUGGAGUGUGUUUGUCAGUGCCAAGAGACUGGUUGCUGGGGAUUCUGUGCUGUUUAUCUGGUAUGCCUAUGUUGGCUUUGCUGGGGUUUCUAUGUCUGUUGUCCAAAUCCUUUCGAUGUUGAUUCUUUACGUUGGACUCCAAGUCCUCUUUAGCAAGUACUUUUUUCCUUUUUGCGAGCUUAUGUUAGAAUCAAGACUGUUUCUAGAUAAAUUAUGAAUUGAAUAAGGCUUUUUCGCUCAUCUUCAGGAACGAAAAAGGUCAGUUACUCCUAGGCAUAAGACGUGCCAAUAGGCUACAGACCAUGACACCUUCAUCUGUUCUAUCAAGUGACAGCAUGCACAUAGGACUUCUUGCUGCAGCUGCUCAUGCUGCAGCGACGAAUAGCCGUUUCACCAUCUUUUAUAACCCAAGGUUAAAUUUUUUGAACUUCUUCUGCUAUGAUGACACGAAUCUUUCUUCAAAUUAUGGAUGCUUUUUAUUUACUGCAUUUGACAGGGCAAGUCCAUCCGAAUUUGUGGUACCUCUUUCAAAGUAUGCUAAGGCUGUGUUUCACACCCGUGUAUCAGUUGGUAUGCGCUUUCGCAUGCUUUUUGAAACGGAGGAAUGUAGUGUCAGAAGGUAAGGUAGCAUUCAUAAUCUUCGUUCAAUCAUUUCUUUCAUUGUUUUGUGCUUUUUGCAGAAAUAUGUUUAUAGCCUAUCCUGGAUGUUUAGAAGUAAUUUUAUGAGAGACAUUAGUGCACUCAGUACUUAGAAUCGGGCAAUUAUCUGGAUCAUAACGGGCAGUGCCUUGUUUUUGUGUUGGGGUGUGGCAAGUAUUCCAAUGAUUCUCAAAGUUCGUCCUGAUCAGCCAGUUUAGUUGCUGUAUGAGCCUGGAAUUGGCUGAUUUUGGGUGGAACGACCCGAAAUCAGCCAUAUUACGGCAAUAGCUGAUUGUUUGGUAAUUGGGUACCGUUAGGUUGUUGCAAGGAUCAUUAACAUUUGAAAGCAGGAAUAAAGAAUCCUUUUAAUAUCCCUUGCCCUGAGAUUGUAGUUUUCGUGAGCAUAACCUUGAAAUUUGAUUUUACUUGUUUUGAGGUCAGUAGAUUAUGUAGAAUAAAUGCCCUUUCCGUGUCCAGGGUGCAAGGGAUGAGAUAUUAUUUUCUGUGGGAAAGUUAAUUAUGAUGUCCAAUUAUAUUUAUUUCUCGUAUACUUAUUUUGAUGCUGUAUAUGAACCAGGUAUAUGGGUACUGUAACAGAUAUAUGUGAUUUCGAUCCCGUGCACUGGCCGAAUUCUCAUUGGAGAUCAGUAAAGGUAUGGGGAUUAUGACAACCUGCGUGAGGACAUGAUUUUAUUUCGUAAACUUCUGACUCGUGGAUCCAGAAGAGUAUUUGACUUCUCUACUGAAUUUCAAUUCUGGUAAAUAAACAAUGACAUAAACGUGCACACAUGUAGCCCAUUCAUUUCUUUCUAGGACUAAUCCUAUGUAGCAUUGUUUUGAUUUUGUGAGGAUUUAAAUCUGAGAUAAUCAUUCUCAUUUUGAACUCUUUUGUUCUAAAUAUGUGUUUUUUUAAUGCAUUUCUAAAUCCAUCUGUCGUCAAUUUGAUUGACUGUGAAUUUAAUUGCGCAACGUACCUCCUGUGGUUUGAAAAAUAAUAAUUCUCAUAAAGGUUCGUUUAGUUUGAGAGAUAUUCCUAAAACAUACAGCGGUUUUUGCUCCUAAAACAUGUUUAAUGCAAAGUUCGUCCCCAAAUUUGUCCUUAAAAAAUUGACGACUGUCUAUUAUUAUUUCGAGUUGUCUGAAAUUCUGCUUUCUUUCGAAUAUGUUUCAAGUGUCCCCACUGCGGUGCCUUUUGUUUUACAGAGGCUUUGAUUUGUCAUAAUUUCCAUUGUUUUACAGACUAUGAUUCUCAUAGGCUUUAUGAAUAUCUCAGGUUGGUUGGGACGAAUCAACUGCUGGCGAGAAGCAGCCUAGAGUUUCAUUGUGGGAGAUUGAACCAUUAACUACCUUUCCUAUGUACCCAUCACUCUUCCCUCUGAGGCUGAAACGGCCCUGGCAUCAGGGAAUACCCCCUGUUCCUGGUACAUAUCUCUAUUGUGAAUUUUUAUGUCUCCAAUUUAUUAUUUUAUCCCAUUAUUAUGUGUAACAUAAACGGCCCUGGCAUUAGGGUUUUACGUUGACUGUUGUCCCUUCAUACCGACUCGGACAUUAUCUCAACAGCCAUUCAAACGGUGUAUAGGAUUGAGCACGGCUCCUCAAUGAAUUUCUAUCUGUAAUCAGAUAGAUGCUAUGGUGUCCAGGAUUUACAUUAUCUCUGCAGACAUUCAGGGUUACAUAGUUUGCAUAACGUUGUUUGUUGAGUAAUACAUUUGCAUUCAUGAUACCAGGUUAUGAAGCUCAUUGGACAUAAAGCAUUUCACGUCUAAUAAAACAUGUUUAUCUGCAAUUCAUCAAAUUCUACUGUAAAAACAAGUAAACCACUCAUGCGCACAUAGUGAUCACCUUCACAUUUAAGAUGACCACCCAUCAGGUGGCGGAGUCGCAUUUUUCUUUAUGUAUGAAUUCAUGAUUUCAGAUAAUAGUGGUGACGAAGGCUACACGUUCGUGUGGCCGAGGGGAUAUCUGGGAGAACACAGCAUUCAACCCCAGAAUUUUCUUCAAGUUGGAAGGGGCCCUUGUGUUCAGCAGAGGUUUGAGCCCGUACAGCUGACCAAUGACCCUGAUCAAUACCAGGUAAUGGCUGCUGCAGCCUUGCAAGACGUAAGAAGUGCAGAACUCCUGAAGCAACAGCUUUUUCGCUUUCAGCAACCUCUCCAGGCUUUCCAACAGCCAUUCAGGACGAACGCAUCAUUGCAGCAGCAGAUUGCUCAGCAAAUACGCUCACAACAUGCACUCAAUAUUCUGCCGCCUAGUUUAUCUGAUCAUCCACAACAGAGCCUUCCAGACCAGUUUCAUCAAUCUAUAAUUCGGCAGAAUAGCCAACAGCCGCAAACAUAUGUCGAGGAAUUCGUGAUUCCUGGCAAUCAAGUUCAGCAGUCUCACCCACAGUUUGCUUCCCUGGGCCAAAAACCAGUCUUUCCUAUAUCAGGCACAGAUUUCCCAUCAUGCGUGCAGUCUAUGUUGGGCUCCAUGGUCCAUGAUGGACGUUUCAAUCAGGUGAACUUCGAUAAAUUCACUCAGCCAAUUUUAAACGAGGUGGACAAGCAGACGUGGGAGCAGAAGUUCGCAGCUCCUGAGACCGCUGGUUUUGGCCAUGGAGCGUCUCUUCCUCCAUUUCCCGGGAAAGAUGGCCCGUUGGAGCAAGAGAAUUGUAAUGUUGACUCACAGAAUCACACCCUUUUUGGUGUUAAUAUAGAUUCUUCCCCUCUCCUCUCCAACUUGGUGCCCAGUGUAGCCAAUUCUUCUGCUGAAGCUUCCAAUAUGCCAUGUGCUGCAUCAUGCUUCCAAAAUUCCUUAUAUGGCGUAGACGAGUUUUCCAGUGUACUCCAGAAUGCAGGAGAAGCUGAUCCUCCAAGAAGAACCUUCAUUAAGGUGAGAGAAGUGUGGCCCUGAGUUAUUCAAUCCCAUUGGUAUUUGACUAAAAUGGCUGCUCUUAAUUUCGUAGGUUUGCAAGUCAGGAUCGGUUGGGAGACUACUGGACAUCACCCAGUUCAGAAACUACAGCGAGCUGAGGGAAGAACUGGGUCAGAUGUUUGGUAUCGAGGGUCAGUUGGAAGACCCUCUAAGAUCAGGCUGGCAGCUUGUAUUUGUCGACAGGGAGAAUGACGUGCUUCUCCUUGGAGACGACCCCUGGGAGUAAGGACCACAUUCAUUAGAAUUUUCUUUAUAUGGAGAUAGUUCAUGCAUAUUGGCUUCUGUGAUAUACGAAUUCAAACAUGGUUAUUUUCUAUUUUCGACACAUUUACUGUUCUCUACUGUCAAUCCACGCUAUCCUGUAAGGCUCUGAACCUCAUUAGUGUGUCAUAGCAACCAUUGUGAUGCUGUAACCAUUGUUACUUUUGGUCGUUUCGAGUCACUCAGUAUCUGUGAACCAGAUUUCCUAGCCGCUUUCUCCCACCUCCUGCCUGACAUUCUAACCUCGAUGCAGUGCAUUUGUGAAUAAUGUCUGGUACAUCAAGAUACUUUCAUCCGAGGAUGUUCAGAAGAUGGGGAAGUAG